GGAGCAGGAAGAGGAGUCGCCUCCUCCUCCUCCUCCUUCCAGGGGUGCCUGUUAGCCGCGGGAGAAGCCGGGCUUAGAGGGGAGCAGAAAUAGGACGCCUCUCCUCCCCACACUUAAAUAAGAGCCUUCAUUAAAAAGCCUUCACUAUGUCAAGGUAUUGUGUAGCACCUUGGUUGUUUACAUCGUUAAUACUGGUAUGUCAUUCUGGAUGCUACCUGCUGGACUCAAUAAUUGCUGCAAGCAAUUUUAACCAUAUGCACAAUUACAUUAAUACAUCAAACUUUGAUCAAGACUAUUGUGAAAGAAAAAAGAAACUGUCCACUUUGAAUGGAUGGAGACUUUCUACGCACAAAUUCACAGCUACACUUCCCAUUGAUUUCAUCCAAGAAAUAUAUAUACGUGAAGUGCGUGGCUCGGUUUUUUCUGUUGUGUACCCUACACCAUUUAAAUCCAGAGUUCUGCUUGUCGCUGUUUCAAAGGAUGUUUUGGAAGAUAUUUUGGACUUAGAUGUAACUGUCUCAGCCACAGAAGAUUUUCUGCAGUUUGUUAGUGGUACAAAAAUAAUAUUAGGAUCUCUUCCUUUGGCCCACCGAUAUGGUGGGCAUCAGUUUGGUAGCUGGGCAGGCCAACUGGGUGAUGGAAGGGCGCAUUUGAUUGGUGUUCAUACAAAUAGGUUUGGUGAUACUUGGGAACUACAGCUGAAAGGUUCAGGAAGGACCCCAUAUUCCAGGAAUGGGGAUGGCAGAGCAGUGCUUCACUCUUCUGUACGAGAGUUUUUGGGAAGCGAGGCCAUGCAUUAUCUUGGCAUUCCUACAAGCCGAGCAGCUAGUUUAGUUGUAAGUGAUGAUGAUGUGUGGAGGGAUCGGUUCUACAACGGGAAUAUUAAACAAGAAAGAGGUGCAGUAGUUCUGCGUGUGGCCAAAUCAUGGUUUCGAAUAGGAUCAUUAGAAAUACUUGCUCAUUCCGGGGAGGUGGACUUGUUAAGAAUGCUGUUAGAUCUUGUCAUAGAGGAGCACUUUCCAUCAAUAACCCUGAAUGAUUCAGACAGAUACUUGGCCUUUUUCUCUAGAGUAGUGUCUGAGACCGCAAAUUUGAUUGCGUUGUGGAUGUCAGUAGGCUUUGCUCAUGGUGUGUGUAACACAGAUAAUUUCAGCCUGUUAUCCAUUACUAUAGAUUACGGCCCAUUUGGGUUUAUGGAGUCUUACGAUCCAGACUUUGUCCCAAACACGUCUGAUGACGAAAAACGAUAUAAAAUAGGAAACCAGGCAAAUGUUGGAAUGUUUAAUAUGAACAAGCUUUUGGAGGCUUUAAAUCCUGUACUGGAUGCCAGGCAAAAGCAGCUUGCUUCUCAGAUACUUGAGGAAUUUCCUGAGCAAUAUUAUAAAUGCUUUACAGGUCUGUUCAAAGCAAAAUUAGGUCUCCUUGGCAACAGUGAGGAUGAUGACUAUUUGAUUGCGUUCCUUCUAAAACUCAUGGAAGAUACAGAGGCAGACUUCACAAUGACCUUUCGACAUCUCAGUGAGAUUUCACAAGACCAGCUGAAGGACCUCAGCAUUCCUCAGGAAUUCUGGGCUUUGCAGGAUAUAGCUAAACACAGGUUCUUUUCCAACUGGGUGGCUAUGUAUCUCUCAAGACUGAAAAAGAAUACAGGAGAUUCUGACUCUGAGCGAAGGAGAAGAAUGACCAGUAUUAAUCCAAGGUAUGUGCUGAGAAAUUGGAUGGCAGAGUCAGCUGCCCAGAAGGCUGAAAGGAAUGACUUUUCCGAGGUCCGUCUUGUGCAGCAGGUUUUACAGCAACCCUUCCAGUUGCAAACGGUGGCUGAGAGAGCUGGUUAUGCACAACGCCCACCUGCUUGGGCCAGAGCCAUUAAAGUCAGCUGUUCAUCUUGAAACAAGCCUCUAGUCAAGUUAUUGAUGUAUGGAUGAAGCCUUCAAAUGACACCAAAGCCUUAGGACAGGGGUGAGCAAUCUCCAGAGGUCCAGAGCCAAGCAAUCCCAUCUGUGGAUCUUCGGAGGGGCCCGUCUGGUCCUCUGACCCACACGUCCCUUUUCCUUGCCUUAGACAAAUCAGUUUUUAAGAAACCAAGCAACCUCUUUUGGGGCCUCUGGGCCCAACAGGUGGUUUUUUGUUUAAAUUUAACAAUUGGGAUGUGAGGGCCAUUCAAAACAUGGCAAAACUGCCUUCUCCCUAUAGAGCACAAGAAGCUUUUGGGAAAAAAAUAAUUUGAAUUGCGUGUAUGUGUGUCUGCUGGUUGAUGGCGGUUACUGGUUACCUGCUCCAUAUUAAAAUAUCAUGUAACUUAGUAUUUUUGCCACUUGUAUCCUCUGAUGAUGAAGAUCAUGACCACUGGUCCCAUCACCUCCUGGCAAAUAGAAGGGGAAGAUAUGGAGGCAGUGACAGGUAUUAC